AAUACAAUAAUCAAGAAUGUAGUGGAGGGUAUCCAAAGUCACCCACAUCUUUAUUAACUGAAUAGAGAAUGCACACCCCUUUUCACCUAAUAUGAGCUAUCAAUUCAUUACUUAAUAACUGCUAACAAUCUAACAGAAGGGGCCAUUUUUUUCUGAAAGACGUAAGAAUAUGUGAGGUUAUUGUUUAUUCUGUGAUGACCUACAAUUAUUGUCAUAGUUCCCCCACCUUUUAAUUCAUUGCUAAAUGUGCACACACUGAUGGAUGGAUUACAUAAUGACCCAGAGCUGUCAGUAACCAUAAAUUACUGCAAUAUGCAAACCAGUUCUUACUUAUCAUGAUGGCUGGGCCUUGAGCGCAUCUUGUUGCAAAAGCAGUGCAGCGCUUUCACUCCUCUAUUUUUAUAAAUAAAUUGUCCCUUUAGGUCACAGAACUCCCCUGAGUGACAUGUCUGUCUCUUUAUGGAGAUGACCCAUGCCUGCUGAAAUAUUCCAGACAGUUUUAGCGCCUCUAGUCUUCCAUUACAAAUCACUACAGUCAGCAUUUACCAGAACGUCCUGCUGUGGGGCCAACUGCCAAGUACAUUUUUCACCAUAUCGAUGAUAUUGUGUGUUCCCAUAAGUGGUGAAUGCAGGUGUUUUGGUUCUCACAGCCUCAGUGCCUGGGGGUGUAACAACCUCACUGCUGCAUCAUCUAAAGAUGUUACAGAAUGUGUUUUUCCUGUCAAAUGAGAUUGUUUUACUAUGCUCUACUUUACAUCUGAAGCUAAUAAUGAUGCGCUACUUGUGCUGACCAGCAGGUGGAGAAGUUUUCAUGGACUCUUCCACCCUUCAGCCCCCGUCCCUGUCCCUCCUCUGUCUGUCUCAAGCUACCCCUGAUGAGAGGAGUUCCUGCACAAACUUCAUUCCUCUCCACAGAGGGAGAAGACAUGUUGGAGACUUAACAGAGGCAGGACAGAGAGAGAGAGAGAGAGUAGAGAAACAAAAUUCUCAGACUGGACUUUUUUCUGUUGUUGGAUUAUUUCUCUUCAGGGUCUUCAUGUAUUUUCAUCUUUGCAUCAAAAUAUAUGGGUGUGAAAGUUUAUAUGUAAAGUGUAAAUGUGAUUGCAGUUGCUUGUAGAAAUGGAUACAUCUUUUGCAGUGAGCUCUCAUCUCCUGGCCCUUCUACUCUCUCUUCAUCUACACUUCCACCUUCUUGUUUGGGCCGCAAUGGAUUCCUGCUAUGACGAAGAGGGCACCAUAAGCCGUUGCAUGCCCAAGUUUGAGAAUAUUGCCUUCAAUCGAACUGUGGAAGUAUCAAAUGUGUGUGGUUCCCCACCUGAGGACUACUGCAUGCAGACGGGCUCGACACGCUCAUGCCACUACUGUGACGCAUCAAACCCAGAACUGAGCCACAAUGCCAGCCUCCUGACAGACUUCAACAGGAAUGAAGAGCCCACGUGGUGGCAGAGCCAGUCCAUGUACUAUGGUAUCCAGCACCCCAAUUCUGUCAACCUCACCCUUCACCUGGGGAAGGCCUUUGAGAUAACCUACAUACGAUUGAAAUUCUACACCAGUCGGCCGGAGAGCUUCGCCGUCUACAAACGUACAGAGGAGGAUGGGCCCUGGUUGCCGUACCAGUAUUACAGCGCCUCUUGUGGGAAGACCUAUGGGAAGGAUGCAAAGGGUUACCUUCGCCCAGGAGAUGAUGAGAGAACUGCUUUAUGUACAGAUGAGUUCAGUGAUAUCUCCCCCCUCAGUGGGGGAAACGUGGCUUUUUCCACCCUGGAGGGACGUCCCAGUGCAUACAACUUUGACCAAAGCCUGGUGUUGCAGGAAUGGGUGACAGCUACCGACCUGCUCAUCUCUUUGGACAGGCUGAACACCUUUGGAGACGAGUUCUUCAAGGACGCUAAAGUGUUGCGCUCGUACUUCUAUGCCAUCUCUGAUUUCUCUGUGGGUGGCAGAUGCAAGUGUAACGGUCAUGCCAGCGAGUGUGUUGAGGGGGAACAUGGCGGCCUGGUCUGUGCCUGCCAACAUCACACAGUUGGAGUUGACUGCCAGAAAUGUCACCCCUUUUACCAGGACAGACCCUGGGCCAGGGCCACUGGGGACUCCGCCAACGAGUGUUUGAAGUGUAACUGCAGUGGGAGAUCAAACGAGUGCGUGUUCGACAUGGAGCAGUACCGGAGCACUGGCAGUGGGGGGCGCUGUGUGAGCUGCAGGGACAAUACUGAUGGGCCCCAUUGUGAGCGAUGCAAAGAGAACCACUACAGGAGGUCUCCUGAAGAGCCUUGCCUGCCCUGCAACUGCAAUAUCAAUGGUUCAGUGAGUCUACAGUGCGAUGAAGAAGGAAGGUGUGCUUGUCGAGCCAGUGUGACAGGGGAGAAGUGCGACACAUGUCGGACUGGCUUUCAUUCACUUGGCCCUGGUGGCUGCAGGACAUGCGAGUGUAAUCCCAGCGGGAGUGUGGACGACUGCUCUCCUCUGGAUGGACGCUGUCACUGUAAGCCAAAUGUGGAGGGACAGAGCUGUGGCAGAUGCAAGCCAGGCUUUUUCAACUUACAACAAGUAAACCCAGCAGGCUGCCAACCAUGUUUCUGCUUUGGCCACUCUCUGGCCUGCUCCUCGUCCAAUCACUAUGCCGCUGUCAACAUCACUUCUAAUUUCAUUGAAGAUCAGGAUGGCUGGGUGGGAGAGUUCUCUUCUGGGCAGGAGUACCCCCUGCUGUGGAAGGAAGGAGAAGUCUACCUGCUGCCUCUCUCAGAGGAAGAUAUCGGAUUCUACAAAGCCCCUGAGAAAUUCCUGGGUCACCAAGUCUACAGCUACGGCCAGCUCCUCUCCAUCACCUUCACCUCCGAGACCCCCGAGCUGCUCCCCGACCACGUCACUCUGUUCCUCCAAGGCUCUGGAAUCACCGUGUCUGCCGACCUUUCACCCCAACCGGUGCUUGACCGUGACCCAGGCCCCACACCGAGGAAAUCCUGGAUUGUCAGGCUUCAUGAAAAUGAGAUGAGCUUUAAACCUCAACUGUCUGCCUUUGAGUUCCAACGUCUCCUUUACAACCUGACAGCUAUCAAAAUCAGCAAUGCUGGAGGACAGAACUAUACAUCGCAGCUCGCAGGAGUAACUCUGACCUCAGCUUUCAUCUCCUCUGAACCAGCAAGUCCUCCUGCCCCAUGGGUGGAAUCUUGUUCCUGUCCCCCGGGUUUUGCUGGCCAGUUUUGUGAGCGCUGUGCCCAGGGAUUCACCAGGGAAAUCCCUGGUGGAGGGCCUCUCUCAACAUGUGUGCCAUGCAAUUGCCACCAGCAUGGAACCUGUCAUCCGGAGACAGGUGUGUGUGAGUGUUCAGACUUCACCGUCGGGAUGACCUGUGAACACUGUCUGGAUGGUUACUAUGGCAACGCUUUGAUUGGCACGCCUGGUGAUUGUCAACCUUGCCCUUGCCCGGGCCGUACCAGCUGUAUCCGAAUUGCAGAGUCAGGACAGGUGAUCUGUACCAACUGCCCUACAGGACAGACAGGGAUGCGCUGUCAGAUGUGUGAAGACGGUUACUAUGGUGACCCACUGGGAAAAUCUGGGGCAGUACAGCCGUGUGUGAGAUGCGACUGUAAUGGCAACGUGGACUUUAACGCAGUGGGAAUAUGUGACCACAUCACAGGGCGAUGUAUGAAAUGCCUGGGACACACAGAGGGUGACCACUGUGAGCGGUGCCAGCGAGGUUUCUACGGCGAUGCCCUGAACCAGACCACUAGCCAGAAGUGCAAACCGUGCGGCUGCAAUCCUGCUGGAACCUCUGGGCAUGUAGAUGAAUGCCACCCUCAGACAGGAAGUUGCCGAUGCCUCAGUCAUGUGACCGGGCGGGAUUGCAGUUAUUGUGAAGUUGGCUUCUUCAACCUCCAACCCGGUGUAGGGUGUGAGAGGUGCAAGUGUAAUCCAAUUGGCUCAUCGUCCAUCGCGUGUCAUCCAAUCACAGGGCAGUGUGUGUGUCGUGCAGGAGUAGAGGGGAGACUGUGUGAGUCUUGCCGUGUGGGCUUCUUUGGAUUCUCCUCACGAGGUUGCAGAGCCUGUAACUGUGACCCUAUGGGCUCCAUUUCCAUGCAGUGUCACAGGAACGGUACCUGCCACUGUCGUCAGGGCUUUGUGGGUUACAAGUGUGACAAAUGUGAGUUGAACUAUUUCCACAACAGAGUCACACACCAGUGUGAGGAAUGCCCGGUUUGCUAUGGCCUUGUCAAGAAGCAGGCAGAAAAGCUGAGGACUCGUCUGCAGGAUUUGGAGAAGCUCCUGGCUCUCUUUGAUUGCAGAGGUAGAUUUGGGAAGCAGCACCACCUGCUGAAGUAUCACAUGGGCAGGCUUUACAGGCAUGAGCACCAGGGGGAGGAUACUCUACCCAAUGCUCUGGAGGAUUUUCUGGCCUUCCAAGAAGCACGGGAGGCCUUCAUAAAACAAUUUUCCUUGCUGGAAGCUUCUACAGGCACACUCUUAGCCCAGCUUGAUGGCAUUACAUCUACUUUGAACUGCAGCAUCAGCAUGAGAGAGGAAGAGGGUAAGGAGAGGAGGAAGGAUGAGGGGAGCGGCGAUGUUUGUCAAACCUUCACACAGACUGUGUCCGUGAUCAGAGCAUCUCAGACGCAGCUAAAGCAAGCAACACUGGACCUGGACAACAUGAACAUUCCUUUUGAGGCGGCCUCAGGACCUAACAAAUGGAACAUCAUGGUCAAUGACUCACAGGUGCUAAAGAAAAGUCACACAGAAACGGCAGACAACAUUGAGGCCAUAGCCAGCAGGGCGGUAAGAGCCUCGGAGCAGACCUUCAGUUUCCUGAUGGAUCUACUGCAGGACAACUCCACAGAGGAGUACAUCAGGAAACUAACGGAGCAAAUAACACGAAUGCAGCAGCAGAAGGAGAACCUGACUGUGCAGGUGAAUGAUACCAUUGCCAAACAGCUGGCACUGGAGGAGGAAGCUGCUGGUUUCAAGCUCGCCCUGGGUAACAUCACAUCAUCUUUACAUCAACUGGCUCUGACAGAUGCCAGCCCAUCACCAGAGCCUGACCAAACACAGCUCAACCAAACACAUCCAGCCAACCGUGCAACAGAGUGGGGCGAGGACCUGCUAAAAAAGAAAGAAGAGCUGGACCAGCACAUUCAGACCAAAGACAAUCUCAUCGGCAAGAUCAGAGAUGAGAUGGAGCCUCUUAUACAGACUAUUAAUAAGAACCUGGAGACUGUGAAUAACAUCACUGAGCUGCAUGCUCACACUCAAGAGACCAAGGCCAUGGCUGUGUCGGCCGUGGUGUCAGGGAAAGAGGUGGAAUCAGAGGCCAUCAGCCUGCACAGACAACUAGAACACAUGGUAAGGGAGUGGCCCCGUCUGCAGAACCAGACCAAGGCUGCAAUGAAGAAGGAGAGACCCCUUAGGGAAAAGGCUCUAGCUGAUGUGAAGAAAAAGGUCUCACAAAUUGACGAGAUGCUAAAACCAGCUCUGGAGAACUCCAGCCUCUCCAGCAAUAUCUCGAAGAAGGCAGAACACACUGCAAAUGCUGUGGAAAAGGAAUCAAAGGCCAUUCUGACCAAGGCCAAGCAUAGCAAGACUGCAUCUGCUCACCUUAGCUCCCAUAUAGACUCUGCUCUCCACCAGCUGGCUGAGCAGGAGACGCUAACCAGCAGAGCAAACACCCACAUCACCACAGAGCCUGAGGUGUCCCUGACCAGCGUAAAGGAAAACAUGGAGGCAGCUAAGCGCCAGUUGGAGGACUAUUCUAUGAGACUAACCGAGCUAAUCAACAAGAUCGAUGGGAACGUGCCUCUGGAGCGCUUUGACCGGAUCUUGAACGAGACAGCGCGCCGUCUGAGCAUGCUCCGCGGGAGUGUGGAGAGCCCGGCACUGGGCUCCAAAAUCCAGAAGCUGGAUUCGGCUGCUAAGGAGCAACAGAGCCAGCUGUCCCUCAUCGAACAGGACUUAAAGGAGAUCAGGGAGGAGAGAGACAGCCUCAGGGACAUUGCUUUAAACCUGCCUCAGUCCUGCCCUGAGGCCACAGGGACAGGCAGGGGCUAGAUGACUGGGAUUAAGUCAUUGAUAAAACAGCUGAACAUCAGAAAAGUCUGGGAGGAUUUUGUUAAUAAAAGGGGUGGCUGUGGUCAUUUUUUUACUUCUACUUCAAAAAAGUCUGUGAUAUUCUUUCAUAUUCUUCCCUCUUUCUUACUUUUGCCUCAAGGUACAAUUUAUUUUACCACCACAGUAUUAUACUGACACACACACAUCUCCACCAAAAGCCACAGACUUCUUCUUCUGUCUCCCGUGAUUUACACCCAGUAUUCCUCCCACUUCUUUGUGAUUUUUCUCUAUCAUUUUUCCCCACCUCUCUCUUUUUUUACCCAACAACAUCCAACCUUUAAUUUCACUAUGAAUAAUAACCAGCCAAACUGCUGGAGUGCACUGUCAAGUUUAAAAUAAUGCUGAUUUUCCUUUGUGGGGGUAAAAGGUGUGUCUGAGUGCUCCUCCAGACUGACACAUUCAUUUACACUUGAGCUCCUUUUCAUCAGCCCGGCUUAAUUAACAAUUAGUCUUUUUGGCCUCAGUGGGGUUCAGGUCAGGCUUCAACAGCACACAACCUUUGUUUGGGAUUCUUAGAGUGCCUACCUCUCUGUUUCUGUUGCUUCUCCAUUUGUCCUUUCUCUCAUCACUAUCAAAUAAUCAAACAUCCGCUGUCUUAGCGUCAGGGUUUGUCACACUGUCUGGUUCCUGGUACCAAAAUGUAAAAACUCUUUGUAUUGGAAAUAUUGUAUUGACAAGACAUAUUAAGUGAUGUUAUUAUUAUGUAAGAGACACAUUUUUUUUUUUUUUUCAUGAACUUUGAAUAGCCAAUCAGAGAUCAGGCUUUAACAAGUGGUCUCAUCCAUGUCCCAGUUACACAUUAUAUGCUACUUCUAACCAUGUUUUGAGCAUAAAAGGCCUUCACGUUAAAGUCACUACACAAUAAAAUAUACAGUACUUGAAAGGGCCAGCAUGCAUACUAAAAUGUCUCCAAUUUUUAGUGGAUUCUAUUGUACAGUGUGCACAGUGGAAAUGGAGGAGCUACUCACAUGUGAUUUUUUUUUUUUUUUUUUUACAAUGGUGCACAUUGCAUAGUGCAACAGUUCAGAAAACAAUAAAUUAAGUAUUCCUUUGAAAACAUACUUGGUGUGUUAGUUUUUCAAAAUUGAAUUUGGCAGUGUUUCACAGGAGCAUCAGAGUUUGAAACGUUUUGCCAACACUUUUGCCACCAGCACCUCCACUACUAAUUAAUUCAUUACAUUUAAUUUGUUUAAUCCAUACAAAAAAAAGCAUCAAGUUGUGGUUUUACCAGGACUGUUGUUGCGGACUAUUUUUUGGAUGGGUACAGUGACCGCCAGAGUCUUGACAAGACUUCAGUUUUUAUACAAAUUAGGCAACUGAGACACAGUAUAACGUUUUCA